AUGAUGGGCAGUGGCCUUGUGGCGCUGCUGUUGCUACUCCUGGUGCUGGUACUCCUGUGGCGGGCCGGGGCUGUGAAGGGCACUAGGAUUCCGGCUGCCCUGCCUCCCGGGCCGUUGGCGCUCCCAUUACUGGGGAACUUGCUGCAGCUGCAGUCUGGACGACUGGACCAUACCCUGAUGGAGCUGUCGCGACGCUGGGGCCCGGUGUUCACCAUGUGGCUUGGCCCGCGGCCCGCGGUGGUGCUGUGUGGCUACGAGGCGCUGCGGGACGGCCUGGUGCUGCAGGCUGACACCUUCGCCGGCCGCGGGACCAUGGCCGCCUUUGAACGCUUCACGCGCGGCAACGGCAUCGUCUUUUCUAAUGGGCCGCGUUGGCGGGCACUGCGCAAUUUCGCCCUGGGAGCCCUGAAGGAGUUCGGCUUGGGUACGCGGACCAUCGAGGAGCGCGUGGUGGAGGAGGCUGCGAAUCUGCUGGAUGAGUUUCAAGCCACCCAAGGAGUCCCAUUCGACCCGAGGCAGCUGCUCGAUCACGCUGUCUCUAAUGUGAUCUGUUCUGUGGUCUUCGGCAAGCGCUAUGGCUACGGGGACCCGCAGUUCUUGCGGCUCCUGGACCUCUUCGGUGACAACUUCCGCAUCAUGAGCUCCAGAUGGGGCGAGAUGUACAACAUUUUCCCCUCUCUCCUGGACUGGCUGCCCGGCCCGCACCAUCGAAUCUUCCGGAACUUCGCAGAGCUGCGAGUCUUCAUCUCCGAACAAGUCCAGCGGCACAGGCAGACGCGGCAACCUGGGGAGCCCCGCGAUUUCAUCGACUGCUUCCUCGACCAGAUGGAUAAGGAAAGGCAGGAGGCAGACAGCCACUUCCAGGAGGAGACGUUGGUGAUGACCACACACAACCUUUUCUUCGGUGGCACGGAGACCACCAGCACCACCCUGCGCUACGGGCUUCUCAUCCUCCUCAAGUACCCAGAAGUGGCAGCGAAGGUGCAGGCAGAGCUGGACGCCGUGGUAGGUCGGAUGCGCGCCCCGAGGCAGGCGGACCGCGCUCGGCUACCCUACACCAACGCCGUCCUGCAUGAGAUCCAGCGCUUCAUUAGCGUGCUGCCGCUCGGCCUGCCGCGCGCCCUCACCCGCGACGCCUACCUGCGUGGCCACUUCCUGCCUAAGGGCACCUUCGUGAUGCCCCUGCUGGUGUCCUCGCACCGCGACCCCACUCAGUUCAAGGACCCGGACUACUUCAACCCCACCAACUUCCUGGACGACCAGGGAGAGUUCAAGGGCAACGACGCCUUCAUGCCUUUUGGUCCAGGCAAAAGGAUGUGCCUGGGGGCUGGGCUGGCCCGUGCCGAAAUCUUCCUCUUCCUCACGGCCAUCUUGCAGCGGUUCCGCCUGCUCCCUGUGGGGACCUCGGCCCACAUGGACCUCACUCCGCGGUACACCGGCCUGGGUAACCUGCCGCCGGCCUUCCAGCUCCGCCUGGAGGCCCGCUGA